CUCUUCCUCAGACACUGCCAGUAAGACAUCCUUAUGACAGGAAGCAGAAACCAGCCUGCCUAGGUCACACAUUUUGUGUCUGUGUGUGUUUGGAAAGGAGGCCAAUCAUCUGCACACCUGUGGCAACUGGAAGAUACCAUGACACUCUUUCUUACAGUCCUGCUGUAUCUCGGACUGAGUGUGGACUUCAGGAUCCCAGUAUUGGCAGGGAUCCUUCAUAAACCCACCAUCUGGGCUCAUCCUGGCUCUGUGAUCCCCUCAGGGAGUCCUGUUACCAUCUGGUGUCAGGAAACCCUGGGAGCCCAAAAGUAUGUGAUAUAUAAAGAGGAAAGCCAAGAGCCCUGGGUCCAACAGACUCAAACAGACAACAGCACCGAGGCAAAACUCACCAUUCCAUCUGCGACACAAGUGCAGGCAGGCCGGUAUUACUGUUACACUCACACCUCUGCAGGAUGGUCACAGCACAGUGACCCCUUAGACCUGGUGGUGACAGGUGAGUAG